CCCUCUCUUCUCCCCUUUCUCCCGGCAACGCAACGAACUCCUUCCAAGCUCCUCGCCAAUGGCGUCCUCCUCCGCCCUCGCUUCCUCCCCCUUCCUCCCGCCCCUCUCAACCCCAAACCCUAGGGCCCUCUCCCUCCGCCUCCCCGCUCGCCGCCUCCCCGUGGCGUCCUCCGCGGCUCCCUCGGGCGCUGCCGCUGCGGCGUCGGCGAGGGAGCGCCGCCGCUUCCUGGAGCGGUACGGCCUCAACCCCGACGACUUCGAGGACGAUGCCGAGGCGGAACCCAGGGAAGAGAGGAGAAGGGAUAGGCGGAACCGGCGGUCGGGUAGAGGGGAGGCGGAGGAUGCUCCGGCGAAGGCGGCGGCUGAGCCUCGGGAGACGCAUAAAAUGCUUCAGGUGUUAGGAGGAAAAGUACGCAGAAGAAAAUUACUUUCACCAAAAGAUAGGAAUGUUCGUCCAAUGAUGGAAGUUGUACGAGGGGCAGCCUUUGACAUUUUACAGUCAGCUGGUGGUUUUCCGGCUUCGCUUAGACCUGGUCGAUGGUUAGACUUGUAUAGUGGUACUGGAUCUGUUGGAAUUGAGGCUAUGAGCCGUGGAUGUUCAGAGGUUUUCCCCAGAACUGAAGUUAAAGCACAUUUUGUUGAGAUGGAUCCUUGGGUUGUUUCUGAGGUCCUUAAACCGAAUCUGGAGUGUACUGGAUUUCUUGAUGUUUCGCACAUACAUAUGAUCCGCGUCGAAAACUUCUUGGCCAAUGCUGAAAAAUCUAGUGGUAAAUAUCCUUCUUUUGAUUAUAUUAGUGUAACACCGCCAUAUCUUGAGGUAAACUACAGUACACUACUCGAUCAACUUGCAAGGUCACCAUUGGUUGGAGAAGAUUGCUUCAUUCUCGUUGAAUACCCACUGAAAACAGACAUGGCCGAAUCAUGUGGAAGCCUUAUAAAAGUAGCUGACAGGAGGUUUGGUAGGACAAACUUGCUAAUUUAUGGGCCAACCUGGGCUGAGAAGAAGAGGAGAUCUUGAGAUGAUUUACUCUUCAACAACCAUCUUGCAGGUAUGCUAAUUACUGGAAAGGAACGCUGUCUCGACAGUGUCACCGCACUCUUGAACAGCAACGAGUGGCUCAGCUCCUCUCGAAACUAUCAACAGUGAAAUUCAUGGAACAUCCUGUGGAGAUGAUGGACUACUGUCUAGUACACUGGAAGAUUGUAUGAGGGAGAGACAGAGAGUACUUCUCUUUCAUUAUAGUUCACCAAUCCACAUCCCAGAAGAAGAAAAUGAUCACUGGCUCACUGCGUUUCAAGGCAUCAGCAUCAAGCCACCAUGCGAUAGUGACCUAUCUCCACGUUGCUACGAGCCUGACUCUAUCUAGCAUUGUAGGUCAUGCCUCGCCGGUGAUAUGAUCUGAGCCGUACAUUUAUGCAUUCAGACAUUCAGUACACUGGCUCUAGCUGCACAGGCAUUUGUGUGCUCAAUCUCCAUAGAACAACAUGAUUAUGUUGCUUAUUGAUCGGUGGAUGCAAUAAGUUUAUAAGCAAAAUCUGCUUUUUUUUUUCUUCAUUA